GCGGGGUUUGUAGAUACCUAUAGUUACGAGCAGAUGGAAAGUGAUUGUUCUUACCUGAUACCUCUCAAUGUUAUUAGUCAAGUAAUCAUGAACGUGCUAAAUUCGAAUGAAUAUCGAACGGUUUUCAUCCUCUUCCAGUCUAAGAUGCAGUGAUACUUUGAUAAGCCAGGUAUUGCGCUCCGGGUGGAAGAUAAAAAAACGCUUGCUUUGGAAUGUCGUCUCGCAAAGGAGUUAGAAAGUUUCGCUUUUCGUCGGAUGUAGCCGAAUUUCGUCUGCUUAGAUAAAAGCAAGGCGACAAGCUACCUUUGACGUUUCCCAAUUGAAAGAAGCAAUGGAGGAAGCAGCUGUAAAAAGCGAUGGCUUGUUCAUCCCGCUUAUCGACUUCUCCCAAUUCCUGAACGGUAACCCGGAACAGAGGAAGCAGACCGCCGAUGCCAUCCUCCGCGGUUUUCAAACAUCCGGAUUCAUCUAUCUGAAGGGUCUGCCCGUCAAGCCGGAGUACCGGAAGCAUGUGUUUGAUACGUCAGCCAAGUACUUCAGGCUUCCCGUCGAGACCAAGAUGUCUCACUGCUGGACUACGCCCGAGGCGAACCGGGGUUACUCGGCGCCGGGCAGAGAGAAGAACACGGACCUGACGGACAUGGACGCCGUUAAGAAGUUGAGGGAUGCAGUACCUGACCUAAAGGAAAGCCUAGAAAUCGGGCGUGACGACGAGCCCGGUCACGCGAAUCAUUGGCCCGACGAAGAAGGCGAGCUGGUAGGCUUCAAGGAGACAAUGCUCGAAUUCCAUAACAAGUGCAAAGAAUUGCACAUUGAAGUUAUGCGCGCCAUCGCUGUGGGCCUGGGUAUCGAAGAAUCGUGGUUCGACAAGUACACGGACGUCGGAGAUAACACCUUGAGACUUCUUCACUACCCCGAAGUUAAGAGAGACGUGUUCAAAAUUAAUCCGGGACAGGUCCGCACCGGCGCGCACAGCGAUUACGGCUCCAUCACUCUGCUAUUCCAGGAUUCUCAGGGCGGUCUGCAGGUACAGAGUCCGACGGGUGUCUUUGUUGACGCGGCGCCCAUCGAGGACACCUGCGUGGUAAACGCUGGAGAUUUGCUAGCAAGGUGGAGCAACGAUAAUAUCAAGAGUACCAUUCAUCGUGUCGUAGAACCCCCGUCCCGUCGAGACGACAUUUAUCCGGCCAGAUAUAGUAUAGCAUACUUCUGCAAUCCCAACUUCAAGGACUACAUCGAGGCCAUCCCUAACACUUACGCUACCGAACAGGACAAAAAAUACGAGGGAGUGAAUAGCGGCCAGUAUCUCGUCCAGAGGUUGACGGCUACUUAUUAGCUAGCGCGAUUCGAUCGGAAGUUUCCAAGGUGAUAUCUCGUGCAGUGCUUCAUCUGACUGUC